AUGAGUAGCGAUGAGGAAUGCCCGGAACUGAUCUCGGCCCGUGUCCCGGUGACCAUCCUCACAGGGUUUCUCGGCAGUGGCAAGACGACGCUGUUGCACUACGUCCUGUCGGCGGAUCAUACAAUGCGUAUUGCCGUCAUUGUGAACGAGUUCGAGUUUGGCAGGGCCAUCGAGAAGGGUCUAACGCUAAAGAGCUCCGAGAAGCCGGACGAUGAGUGGCUGGAGCUGAAGAAUGGGUGCAUGUGCUGCACCGCCCAGACGCAGACGGUCAAGGCCCUCGAGUCCUUGAUGGAGCGCAAAGGCACGUUCGAUCUGAUUCUUGUGGAAACGUCCGGUCUUGCGGAUCCUGGGCCGAUCGCGGCAAUGUUCUGGCAAGAUGCGCCGCUCUGCGGCUACCUGUACCUGUCCGGCAUCGUGACCCUAGUCGACUCGGUGAACAUCUGCCGAUACCUGCACGACGAAGACGUGAUGCAGGAGGCGGAGCGGCAGAUCCUGAUGGCUGACAAAGUUUUGCUGAACAAGUGCGACAUUGCCUCUGCAGCGCAGCAAAAGGCGGCUCUCGCGGCGGUGCGGAAGAUCAACCCUGUGGCCGCUGUCAUUCAGAGCGAUCACUCACGCGUACCCAACCUACGAGACAUUCUGUUCAUCGACACAACCCGCGCGGCAACCGAGCUGGUGCAUCUUCACGAUAACCAUCCCUCCUCCAUCAGUGCGGUGUCACUGGAGUUCUUUGACGCAGAGCGCGGCCUCGCCGUCAGCUCGCACCGCGACGUGCACGCCAUUGCUACUGACCUCCUGUACCGAUGCGAAGAGUACGGCUUCGAGGUGGUGCGGUGCAAGGCUGCGAUAUGGUGCUACGAGAAUGGGGAAUACGGCCUCCUGCAGCUCCAGAGCAUUGGCGACCUCUUUGACGUAACUCCGAUGGUGGGGCAGAGUGUGCCGUUCGGCUGCACACGCGCGUUGGUGCUCGGCAAAAAGCUGGAUGAGGAGAAGUUGCGAGCCAUCUUUGCCAAGCACCUGAAGGCGACCAAGUAG